UUCUCCCUAUCCACUUGGUAACCUCAAAACCAUGGCACAACCCACCCACCAAAUAGCAAAGAGAGAGAUGCAUCCAUCUGCCUUUGCAGUACCCUCCUCAGCCUCUAUCUCCAAAUUCAUCACUGACCACACCCCUCUCUCCAUGCUAGAGACCAAAUGCACCAACAUGAGAGACCUCCACCAGCUCCACUCACAAAUAAUCAAAACUGGCCUCGCCAAAGAUACAAUAGCCAUCAGCAGAGUCCUAGCUUUCUGUGCCACCUCCCCCUAUGGUGACCUCAACUAUGCCAUGCUCCUCUUCUCCCACCACCCACAACCCAAUGCCUUCAUGUGGAACACCCUCAUCAGGGGCCUCUCCCGGAGCUCCACUCCCCACCUAGCCAUCUCCCUCUUCUUCGACAUGCUGCACUCACCCGAACAGCCUCAGAGGACAACUUAUCCUUCCCUCUUUGUCGCCUACUCCCACCUUGGCCUAGCCCAUCAUGGCGCUCAGCUCCAUGGCAUGGUCGUAAAGCUCGGGCAUGCAUCCGAUCCUUAUAUACGCAACUCGAUGCUCUCCAUGUACGCGAAUUGUGGCCAUAUAACCGAAGCUUCAAGGUUGUUCAAUGAGUGCUCGAGCUUCGACGACGUAGCGUCUUGGAACUCCAUGAUCAUGGGCCUAGCAAAGAACAGUCGCGUCGACGACUCGAGACACUUGUUUGAUGAGAUGUCUUUCAGAAGUGUGGUGACUUGGAGUGCUAUGAUCAGCGGAUACGUCAGAAAUGGCAGGAAUAAGGACGCAUUGGAUCUCUUUCAUCAGAUGCAGAAGGAGGGAGUGAAGCCCAACGCCAAUACUCUGGUGAGCUUGUUAGGUGCAUGUGCUGGUUUGGGAGCUUUGGAGCAAGGGGAAUGGAUCCAUGCUUGCAUUGAAAAGCACAAUAUCGAACUUAAUUCAAUCGUAAUCACAGCUAUAAUAGAUAUGUACUGCAAAUGUGGUAGCAUAGAUAAGGCUCUCAAAGUGUUCGAGAAUGCCUCGAUCAAAGGGUUAUCAUCAUGGAACUCUAUGAUUUUGGGCCUAGGAGUUCAUGGGCGCUUCCAAGAAGCAAUUCAGGUAUUCUCGAGGCUUCAAUGCUCCGGCUUAAGACCGGAUAACGUUACCUUUGUUGGCAUUCUAACGGCUUGUAGCCAUGCAGGCAUGGUGGAUGAAGCAAUGCACUAUUUUUCGCUAAUGACCGAUGCUUACAACAUUGAACCAGAAAUAGAGCAUUAUGGCUGCAUGGUUGAUGUGCUUGGCCGAGCGGGGCUUCUCGAAGAGGCCGAAGAGUUGAUUCAAAGAAUGCCCAUGAGACCUGAUUCUCUUUUAUGGGGAUCACUGCUUUCAGCUUGCAGGAUACAUGGGAACGCCGAGAUUGGCGGGCGGGCUGGGGCACGGAUCAUGGAGUUGGAUCCUAGGGACAGCGGCGGGUAUGUGCUUCUGUCGAACACCUUUGCAGGCGCCGGGGAAUUCAGUGAUGCCGCGAGCACAAGGACGAGGAUGAAGGAGAAGUGGGUGAGGAAGGAACCAGGGUGUAGUAUGAUUGAGGUGGAGGGUGCGGCGCAUGAGUUUGUGGCUGGUGGAGUGUUGCAUCCUCAGGCCAAAGAAAUCUAUGGAGUGUUGAAUGGGCUGGCUCUGGAACUAGGAAGCAUUGGAUAGGGGGAUGAAAGAACAAAGCUUGAAUUGCUUAUGAGUUGCCCAGAGACAGGAAACCAAGGCAGUCAUUGAUUCUUUUUCUUCUUAUUGUUGUGGUUGUGCACUGAAAGGCCACUAGUCUGAGGGUGUUACC